AAACACUAAAGUCAAACUGGUAAUCAGUCUGACAGAGCAGACAUGCAAUGGAAUCUGAUUCUGCUCAUUCUGAUGGCUCAGUCUUGGUCCAUCACAGGUCAGCUAUAUGAGUAUAAAUACCUGAAUACACCAGAGACCUGGGAGGAGGCUCAGCAGUACUGCAUCCAACAUCACACUGACCUGGCCACAGUGACUAACAUGACAGACAUGAAGAGGCUCAGGGAAGCAGCAAAGAACAAUGUUCCAAAUACAGGAGCGUGGAUCGGCCUGCAACGGCCCCAAACAACAAACAGGAAGUGGCACUGGUCUCUGCCUGGACUGGAGUUCAAUGAAACUAACUGGGGUUUUGGUGAAUCUAGCACACAUGACCAGUAUUGUGGGGCUAUAAGGAAAGACCUCACAUGGGUGGAUCAUGAGUGUGGUGCUAAUAAAUCUUUCAUUUGCUAUAACGACAGCGACACAUCUGAGAGAUUUUACUUCAUUAAAGAAGUAAAGACCUGGUUUGAAGCUCAGAGGUUCUGCAGGGACAAACACACUGACCUGGUCAGUGGACUGCAGCAGCUACGAGAUGAACAACUGAACAAAACCAUUGACUCUAAAUCUUUUGAUUUUGUUUACAUCGGUUUAUUCAAUGAUGACUGGGAGUGGUCCAAUGGCAGCAGUUUCUCUUUCAGACAGUGGGAUGAAAACAAUUAUGAUGAUAAAGAUGAUCAUAAUUAUACCAUGUUAACUCAAUCAGGAAUGUCAAAAACUAAGAAUAAUAAUAAACCCUUCUUCUGUUAUGAAGAUCAUGUGAUCCUGAUCAAAGAGAACAGAUCCUGGGAGGAGGCCUUAUACUACUGCAGACAUCACCACCAUGACCUGGUCACCAUCACUAACAUGGAUGAACAGAGAUGGGUCCAGGAGAAAACCAAGAAUGCCUCCUCUCCCUUUGUGUGGACUGGACUGCGCUACACCUGCACUCUGGGGUUCUGGUUCUGGGUCAGUGACGAGGUGGUCCACUACAAGAACUGGGCUUCACCUGGACAGGUGAAUGAGUGUGACAUGUCAGGAGCCAUGCAGACAGGAGGAGAACACAAGUGGUUCAAGAAACAUGAUGAGGAGAAGUUCAACUUUUUCUGUUCAAAGUGAAAAUUUGUUCACUCAUUCCUAUUUUACCUGCGUAGAGUUUUCUUAAGAGCAGACAAUAUGAAUUAACAAUUAUGUUUAUAACUGUAUUUUUUACCUGGUAAUGGUUAUAUUAAUCCUAAAACUGUCCUUUUUCAUUCAAGGUUUGUUGAAUUUUGUCUUAAAGUGUUGACAGAUAAUUCCUUUAUGUUGGGUUAUAAUUGGGUGGUGUGUUUUUGUUUGAAUUUUUUAUGACCCAAUAAAAAGUACAUUAAAGCA